AUGUUACCUACGCCUGAUGUCGGCCAUCUGAAACGGCAGGACUUCGAUUUUGUCUAUGAACCAGCGGAAGACACUUUUCUAUUCCUGGACGCUCUCGAGAAAGAUCGAGGUUACUUGCUGGAGAGAAGUCCGAAAAUUGGUCUUGAGGUGGGAAGUGGAUCCGGUACAGUCAUUACCUUUUUAGCUACGGUGCUAGGAAAAAGCGAGCUGGCAUACUUCGCCACGGAUUUGAACGAUAAAGCAGCAGCAGCUACAUACACCACCGGUCGGAGAAAUAACGUAGCGGUAGAGGUGUUGCGCACGGACUUGCUGGACGGCGUAUUAGAUAGACUUGGUGGGCAAGUAGACGUGCUUCUAUUCAACCCACCGUACGUACCCACACCGCCAGAAGAGGUCGGCAGCACUGGUAUCGAAGCAUCGUGGGCUGGCGGUAAAGACGGGCGAGAAGUGACGGACCGACUUCUCCCUCUGGUUCCUCGGUUGUUGUCAGAAACGGGUGUCUUCUACCUGGUAGUGCUGCCGGAGAACAAGCCUGACGAAAUCACUGAGAUUUUGGAAAAGCUUGGGUUGUGUUGUAUGUGUGAAGUGCUGACACGCAAGAGUGGGCCAGAGAGACUGAGCAUUUUAAGAUACACACGACAGUAG